AUGGAACCCGUGGAGCACGUCCACGUUGAAGUCGACGGCGUGUUGGGGCUCGUGCCCCAAAGCUGGCCGCCAGGACCAGUCCAUGUGGCUGCCGUUCUGCCAAGCAGUGUUCUGGCAGCGAGGAUUGGUGUCGGUGACGAGCUUGUGAAGGUCAACGAUGCUAACGUGUGCGACUUGGAUCGGUCUGCACUGGCGCGGGAGCUCAGCAGGAGGCCGCUGAGCUUGGAAAUCAAGCGAUUCUCAUCGUUGCCUCGGGAGUGCCUUUCCGAGACCAUCGAUGUGCAAGUGGGGGUCUCCGACGGUGCCGUCGGCUUUUGCCCUCGAGAUUGGCACAGUAAGCCGAUUGUGGUGGGAGCUGUCCUUCCCAACCAAGCUGCAGCUGCGAAAGGUGUCAGAGAGGGCGAUGUCCUAGUCUUGGUCGAUGGACAGCACGCAAGCUCCAUGACGGCUGCUGAGCUCGCUACCGCUUUGUCACGAAGGCCCAUCUCCCUUCGCUUCCAGCGCCACGACGGGAGCGAGACUGCUCGUGGUGAUCCGUUCCUUGCGUCUCUCGACGACGCUCCGCCUCCGAGAACGGGCGCAAGCGCUGCGGCCCUUGAUGCGGAUGCACGCAGUGGCCGGGAUGGGCGCGAGCUGCUCCCAUCCCAGAUCGCCACAGCGACGGCAAAGGAAGGCGUCGAGGUCACCUCAGCAGCCUCGGCAGAGGCCGGCUCGCUAUCGGCGGCGUCGCCUCGGAGGCCCCCGAAGCCAAGGCGCCCCGUAAAAGUUCGCUCCCACCAAGAGCCACAGACAGCUGAGGAAACAGAGCUCACGGAAUCAACUCGGCGCCCUCCCCAGCCAGCGAAGCCAGCAACAAAACCGGCAAAGUCGGAGGCACCGCCAGAGGCACGAGAGGGCGGAACGCAGACUGAAGCCCCGAUGACGGCAGAUAAGGGAGUACAGCCGGAUAUUGAACCUCAAGAUCUUGAAGAGCUGCCGCAGCCACUGUCUGCAGAGAGUGCUCAUGUGGUGCCUCCCGAGGAGCAAGAGGAGGCUCACUCGGAGGCUCGAGCCUCUGAUCAAGAUGUCGACGAAACUGCUGCGGCUGCUCCUUCUGCGGACCUGCCAGCCUUGCUGCGGCCGCCGACCAUCCCCGAGCCACAGCCCGACAUGCCACCGCUGCGGCCCAGGGAUUUCAGCCGGCGCCGAUCGACAGAGCCUUUCAAGUUCCGGGAGUUGCCGCCUCCUCCCAGAGCCCCACCGGCCCUUUGGGAUGAGCCCUCCGCUCACCUCAGAGACUUCGGAGAUCUCGAAAACAUCGCCGUCGCCAACCCGCAGUCUCUGAGGCCUUCGAUGCUCAAGGAGCUGCCGCCUCCGGACCGCCCGCCGCUUCCUGUCGAGACAGAAGCGGAGCUGCAGCUUUGGCGCCACGUGCCGGAAGAUCUGAAGCCGGAUUCCCCGGAGACAGCAGAGGAUUUGGAAGAGUGGCUCAGGUCAUGUUAUCUGCCCGACAGCACAACCAUCUUCUAG